CGAGGGCAUGUAUACGUCUAUUCAGGGCACGGAAAAAAUACCUGCUAUUGUAUCAUUCCGCUCGUUACACAGCAUAAAAACAGCAGAAUAUUUAUGUGCACUUGCCUCUGAUGCGCCCUGGUAACUUUUGGCCAGACGAUGGAAGCAACUACAUCUGCACGUGUGAAGACGACAGUGCAGAGUGACAAAAAAAAUUUUUUUUCGGAGAUUUUCCCAGCACCAUUUGUACAAGAACAACCCUCGUGUGAAAUGUGGGGAGCAAUCACACCAAAAAUCCGGAAAAUCCGGUUGUGGUUUGCAUUGCGAAAAAGGGCAUAAACUGCAAAACCUUGCCAAAAUCACCUUUCAUAACUGGGUCGUUUUUAGUCUGCGUCUGCGCCAGGCGAACCCUCUCGAAGUUAAUCGGAUGAGGACAAUUUACUGUCAUACGGACACGGUGCAGCGACAAGCCUAUUAUAUGAAUUUGCGCGUUUAAAAAUGGAAGUGUUUUCCAGCAUUGCGCUGUUAUUGGGUCUGUAUCUCCGUGUUACUGUGGGUGCUGAUAUUUACUUCGGUAUGCUCACUCCGAUUGGCACGCCCGACGAGCAAAUGUACGGCCCUGUGCAGCUGGCCCUCAACGACAUCAACAACCACCCCGAUGUGCUGUCAGGUCACACGCUGCGUCUUGUCAUCAAAAACACUUCGGUGCCUGCGAACGAAUCUGUAUAUCAUGUUGGAAACGCUGUGGCCAAGCUCCAAGAGCUGAUGACGCCAAAAACGGACCCGCCGGUAAUGUUACUGCUGCACCAUGGCAGCGUCACUGAGACGGAUGUGAUAGGAGAGAUCACGGGGAAACUGAAAAUGAUACAGGUCGCGACCGGUAGCUCGUCUUUCACACUAUCCCAAAGACUCGUCUUCCCGUAUUUGUACCGGACAAUCGGCUCACUGCUAGACGUUAUCACUAUAGAAGUGGAUUUUGUCAAGCGCUUCGGUUGGACCCGCGUGGCAUUGCUUGCGGAGGACAAGGGGUCGUAUAAAGAGAUGUCGAAAGAAGUGGAAACUCUCUUAAGACAGUCGGGCAUAGAAAUUAUCACUUCUAUAUUUUAUAGAGUAGAGCAGCUAGGCCAAGUGAUGGAAAAACUGAAGGAAUUGGACGCAAGGGUAAUCCUGCAUCACGCUAGCGGACAGGGCUCACCGCUUUGUCACGUGUUUUGUCAGGCAUACAAAUAUGGCUUGUUUGGAAAGAAAUAUGUUUGGCUGACUUUGAUGCAAAACGUUAAGGAUUACCGUAACUUGGCAUCCAGCAUGCAUCAAAAGGGGAAACUCUCUUGCAACGCGGAGCAGGUGGUCCAAGCAGCAGAGGGACAGUUCAUUAUAUUCCGUGCUGACGCUAAACAUGCCAGCGAAGUCGGAUAUGAACCAAAACGGCCGUUUACAGUAAAGGAUCCUGCAGAAAUUUUGAGGGAAAUGAAAGAACAAGCUUGGUACAAUGACGACACCAGAAGAAUACUAUAUCAGUUGAAUUAUGAUGCCAUAUGGGCGGCUGCAUUGGCCUUAAACAAGAGUUUGCCUCGUCUUCCGCCAAGAAUAAUCACCAACUUCAAAUACACCGAUCUGGGCACGGUGACGGACGCUUUGGUGCCAGAAAUGAAUCGCACUAACUUCUUCGGGGCGUCGGGUCCUGUGUCUUUCUCACCCCAUGGUAGUCGAAUGAGCUGGUUGUCCAUGGAGCAAAUAAGAAACGGUACGGCUACGUUGUUUGGUAUUUAUGACCAGAAAUCCCGGAACAUGACGUUGUCUGAGAAGAUCAGUUUACUGUGGUACAUUCAUGGUGGCGUUAUACCUCAAUCUGGGUACAGGACGGUCCGAACACUACUGGUUGUCGCAGACGAACUCAAAAUAGCCUUCACUGUGCUAGCUGUGAUAUCAAUAGUUAUCACUGUUGUGUUCCUGUUAGUUACGAUCGUCAAAUGGAAGACGCAGUUAAUUCAAAACUCCUGGCCACUGAUGAACAGCGUCAUUGCACUGGGGUGCAUCUUCCUGGCUGUCAAUGUCAUUCUUCAAGGCAGUGCAACUCAGCUGUCGUCGACUAGUCAUAUACCAUGUAAUGCCUUUGUCUGGCUAUUUGUGACUGGGUUUACACUUUCGUUUGGUACCAUGCUGCUGAAGAUGUGGGGAGUGUAUCGCCUCUUUCGUUAUCAGCAGGAUUGGGGUCUGCAAGUAGAACUGCGCAUGCUGUCUGGAGUUGCCGUACUGUUGGUUAUUGAUAUUCUGAUGCUGAUAAUUUGGCAGUUGACUGACCCACUUGUGGUGAAAGAUAGGCUUUUACCCGAAAGUCGAGAUGGCGCGAAGAUGGUGCGAUACCAGACUCUCUAUCGCCAAUGCCACAGCGGGAGUGCUAUGGGCUGGGCCAUUGCGUUUAUCGUGUACAAGGGUCUGCUGUUGCUGGUCUCUGUUUGCUUGGUAUGGCCUACCUGGGUGAUGUCGAUGAAGAGAGAUGCUGGAGACAGCAGUCAGGUUGGUUUGGCUAUGGUUAUCAUUGCCUUGGCGACUGUUGUUGGAGUUCCAGUAGGUGUCCUCGUACAAGAAGAGCCCAAUGUGAACUUUGGCGUCAUAGCUGGCUUCACGCUCUUCGCUAUCAUAGCUACGGUUUUGUUGCUUUUGAUACCCAAGCUCAUCGCACUCAAGAGGGGGGAGAUGGAACCGUCGCUUUGGUCGCCAUUGCGGCCCUAUAUCGAGGAGUUAUUCGAUGACGUCGGCGAUAAGAAGCCUUCUCGUGCCAUAGAGAACGGAGACGCUAACACAAGUGACAACAACCAGGGCGAUGGAAGUGCAGCUCAAAUCUAGUUUCUUAAAGGAAGAGGCUUAUGACUGCGCACAAAGAACUGCCACUGUAAACUCAGUGAAUGGACAAGUUUUCAACCCUCAUUCCACCGUGGAUGGUUUUAUAUGAUAGGUCAUUUUAUUUGUUAAGGAUUUAAAAAUGGUUAAAUUUGUCCAUUUGUAUCUUACUGUAUAUAUUCAAUAGCAAUCGUACGGGUAACUUGGAUUAGUCGCAUGCAAUCCAUGCUACAUGUAAACACCUAGAUCAAGAAUGCUUUAAUACAUAUGUGAAUAAUGAAAUAUAUAAGCAGUAAACUUUUUUUUUAAGAUAUGGUAUACAGUUUUAUGCACAGCUGUUGCCAGCUAAGCUCAAUAUCAUCGCUAGAGCUUGGCGGUAGAAAAAAAUCAUAUCAGUUUCUCGUGUCAGAGAACACGUGUGCAGUUUCAACCUGAAAAAGAUUUUGAUUUCUAUAAUACAGGGUAUGUAUCAGAAUAUAUAUUUGAAUCUACAUGAGUGACCGAGCGUCAACAUUAUGUUUUAUCGUCACACACCAGAAAUUUCACUAUCAACCACAACAAUCGUUAAAGUCAUUUUGUACGUAUGUUACCAAAUUUCUAUACUUGUCCUAUUGCAACAGCCCUUAACUGAAAUCCAAAUAUGACUUUGCUCAUUUUAUGCUUAAAUCCCUUUCGGCACCAACCGUUUCUGUUACUCUCAUAAAUCGCACACAUUUAGUAUAUUUAGGACGUUCGUCUAG